AUGCUGAUGCUUUCAUCAAAACGUGGUGAUGAUUCUUUCUCGGUGCCUUUACCUGUAGUCAUUGUCGUACUAUGUUUCUUUGUCCUCUUACCAACAAUCAGCAGGCUCCGGUUCCCGUGUAUAGUAAAACUAGUUGGCAAUGUUCUAGGCAGAAAACUGUUACCUUGGCGUCAAGUUAUUCUAAACAUGUGUAUGCUUGCAGCGAUAGUGAUGCUGGUAUUCACUUUCAGUGACGAGCUACCACUUUCAAUCGUAUACGACGUUUCUGUUUUACUGUUGCUGUCAUUUGGCAACUUCCAGAUUCCAGCAGCAACUGUGCGUGUCGUCCUCGCAUUGGCAGGUAUUCUACAUCAAAAGGACGAACCAAAAAAGGAAGUCAAGCCGGAUUGCGAGAAAAAAGAUGAUAAUGACAGCAAAAACCUCAAGGCAUCUCUAAUCAUAUUCUAUGGGAUGGUGCUGGGGCAAGGGAUACUUUACAUUGUGGCCUGCUUGCUGGAGGUAUUUUCAUUCAUCCCUCGGAAAUACCUCAUCCGCCAUGGCGGAUUGGGAGGCCAGAUGGGAGUGGAAAAUGUCAAUUUGUACUAUGCAUAUGCCUUUGAGAAAUGCAUGGAAGGGGCUGUGCUUGCUCCAAAGAAGAUCAGCCUUAUCACAUUUGCCAUGGAUUCCCUCAACUCAGACUCAUCCAGGAAGAAGCUCUAUGGGGUUCAGAUGCUGCAUAAAUUACUCAAAAUGGAGCAGUUAAGGACCAAAACAAUUACAAAACUCACCAAUGACACCAAGACAGUAGCCUCAUUGUUCGAUAUGCUGGACUGGACAAGCGAUAGGGAUUCAGAAAUCAGAUUAUUCGCUGCAAAGGUCACUGCCGAGCUUGCUGGUAGCCUCCGAGUUGUUCAAAUCCCUGGGACAACGCAGCUUGUAGCCUCACUUCUGGACACUGAU